AUGUGGGAGUGGGAAGCGGAUCUUGGAAUCGUGGAACAUCUUGAUUCCGGCACGCUUGGUGUCUUCGGCCUUGAUGGUUUGGACCUUGAGGAUGUGGAUGCGAUCAGCCUGAGCACGAUGACGGGCUCCCAUGUCACGGUAGCACUGAGUAACAGCUCCAGCGACAGUGGUAUCACGGUACUCACGGUACAUGUUGUGGUGUCCAGUACGGGAAUCGUACUUAAGCCAGACUCCGUAGUUCUUGACGGUUCCUGGGUUCUUCUCGAACACCUGAAAAAAGAAUUUAGCUCUCGUUUUUGUAAAAAUUGGCAAACCUGCUUGAUUGAGAGAAUCUCUCCGUUGGCCUUCUUCACACGACGGAGCAUGGAGACGAAGUACCAGAAACGAGACUUGGCGAUAACGUGGUUGGUAGCGAAAAUUUGCAUCUUCCAGAUUGGAGUCACUGGCUCCUUCUCGGUUGGGAUUUUGCGUCCAACGACGACGUACUCAUUAAGAGUCUCUCCAAGAGCCUUGGUUGGCAUGUUUUAA